AUGUUCUCUUUCUUCGGCUGGUUUUCCUACUUCAGCUGGUUUUCCACGAAGACUGAGCCUCUUUCCUACCCGAAUCAAUUGUCAGUUUUCCAGAAUUUUUCAAUUGAAAAAAGGUUUGAUUAUACUUUGUUUUACUCUCAAUUCUCUCAGUUUUUACAGAAGACAAAUAGUCAAAAAUGUACCCGAAACCAGAAAAAUCAACAAAAUUGUGCCGUGCCUAUUCAAUCCAACCUGAAUAUAAUUCACAACGAAAACGUGGAAAGUGUAGAGUUCAAUGGAUUGAAUUGGAAGUUCACCAGGACGGAUGCAGACACCGUCAUAUUGGUGAAACCCGACAGGAAAGAGGAACACGUGGAUGGGGGCUGUUCGAAUAGAUUAAUCGAUUAUGUGCUCAAGAGGAAUUAUUCAGAAGUCGGAGAAGUUUCAAUUAAGGUAUAAUCACUACAGAAAUCUAACUAAUUGACAUGGUUUGCAGAACUUUCCGAUAACCUCCAAAUGCCAAUUUCCGCGUAAAAUACCCCGUUUGACUGUGGAAUACACGGAUAGUCAAUUCGAAAACAGAGACGGAUGGCUGGAGAGAGUGCUGAAGGCAUUGGGAUCCACCCAAAUCGGGUUCCUCGAUCUGACUGUGACCACUGUGAAUGAUGAACUCAUCGACCUAUUGAAUGUGGGUUAACUGUACUUGUUUCACUAUUUCAUAUUGAAAUUACAGAGCCUCUCAGUGGAUCGUCUCAAAAUCACUGCCAGUCCACGGAGUACAGAGUGUUCUACAAUCUUUCAUCGCAGAACAUUCAAAUCAACAACAGACAGAGCGCGAAACAAACUAUUUUGGAAUUUGUGACGAGGUUCAAAAAAGGCAACUAUGCUCUUGGAUCUUCUUUUCAAGGAUACAUUACAAUCGAUGAAUUCGAUGAUUUUUGGAGGACUCUCAAUCCGGAAAGUCUCCAAACACUGUGAGUGCUUCAAGUGACACCCUUAAUGUUAUUAUUGCUCGUUUUCAGAAGCCGUGCUGAGAAACUGUUCAUAAAGUUUGGCUUGACGCCUACUAGAGUAUUCUAUUGGACAGGUCACUUUUAUGAGCCUACCAGAAGCUCAGCUAAAAGACUUUCGAUUCGAUACGAGAAAAUAUUUGACACAAUCUCCCAAUAUUAUCUGUCUGUGAAGGUUGUUCCGAUGGAAAACGAGCCUUUCCCGUGGAAGUGGUCUCCCAUUUCCUUGCAUGAGUUUCACCAGUUGGCGAACUUCGUAGAGCUCGUGCAAGUAUCCAAUCUUAAAUGGACCAUUUGGACCACAUUCACUGUUCUGCGCUCUCUUGUCGUUAUCAUUAACCUCUUCCGUUUGCCUAAAACGUAUAUGGGAGCAUUUGUGUUAUUUUUGAUACCCGUUCAUUAUUGUUCGGCCUUUUUUGUUAGCUUUAAACUGUCCUUUUAUCUUGAAGUCAUGCCUACUGAUAGAUUGAUUGCAUUUUUUGUGCAUUCGAUACAUGGAAAAAUGAUUGAUUUAUCUUUCAUCAAAAGAUACGAUUUGUUCUUUUUUCUUGAUGCCACAGUCAGUACAUUGUUAUUUUCUGUUCUGCUCGAUUUUACAUCGGCUUUUUGCAUCGAUUUUCUGAGUUCUCUACGAUUCUAACGCUUUUUUUUUUACCAUUGAUCGACCUUGUUUUAUUUUAUUUUUUCUCUAAAUACGCUCUCAUUGUUCGACGGAUGUUCUCCGCACAAAAUGUUCACUUUCUUAUCAAGGAAAAAAGAAUCUUCACCAUUUGUACGCGACGUGCUCUUCGCCUGCUUUCUCACCGACUUUCGAUUGCUCAGAAGUGAUUUCAGUUUCAGUUUUUAUCGCAGAACAUUGAAAUCAACAACAGACCCGCUUAAGCGGGAAACAAGAGCUUUUGGAACUCGUGACCAGGUUCAAGAAGGGAAACUAUGCUGUUGGUUUCAAGGAUACAUGACAAUCGAUGAAUUAAUGUUAUUAUUGCUCGUUUUCAGAAGACUGCUUUUAAAAUCUACCUCGAUGCCUACUAG